AUGUGCCUGCCAGCGGGGAAGAAGCACGAUGCCGUGAUGGGCUCGGCCGUCGAAACCUGGCCGCUCUCGCCCUGGAAGCAGGAUCCCGGGCAGCGCUGGGGGCUGAGGCUGUUUUCCCGGUGGCGCCACACUCUGCCCUUGGUGGCCACCGUCUUGACGUGGUUGGCUAUGGGCUCCACCAUGUCCAGCCUGAACAAGUGGAUUUUUGCCGUCCACAAUUUCCGUUACCCGGUGUUGCUGUCCUCCUUACACAUGCUGACGGCCGUGGUGGUAGGCAGGCCCCUCGACAGGCUCCAGGCGGGAAGAUCCGGCCACCCGGCUCUCCAUCCCAAAGCCCAGCUCCGGGUUUUCCUGCUAAGCCUGACCUUCUGCGCCAGCGUGGCUUUUGGGAAUCUGGGGCUCAACCACGUCCAGCUGGACUUCGCCCAGAUGGUGUACACCACGACUCCGCUCUUCACCCUGAGCCUCUCGGAGCUGCUCCUGCGGAAGCGCCACCACCCGCUGCAGUACGCGGCCAUGGGCCCCAUUUGCUUGGGGGCCUCCCUGAGCUUCGUGGGGGAGGUGCACUUCGAUCAAGCCGGCUGCUGCUUCCUCUUCGCCGCCACUUUCCUGCGAGGCCUGAAGUCCAUUCAGCAAAGUACCCUCCUGCAGGAAGAGCACCUGGACUCCUUGAGGCUCUUGUGCCUGACUUCGCUGCCCAGCUUCUGCCUCCUCUUCGUGGCCGCGCUGGGCAUGGAGGUGGGCUGGGCCUGGGAGGGCCUGCUAACCUACGAGGCCAGCCUCUGGACUUGCGUGCUGCUCAGCUGCCUGGGCUCGGUCCUUUACAACCUGGCCAGCUUCUGCAUCCUCUCGCUGACCUCCGCCCUGACCAUCCACGUCCUGGGGAACUUUAACGUGGUGGGCAACCUGCUUCUCUCCCAUUGGCUUUUCGGAAGCCACCUGACUUUGCUGAGCUACGUGGGCAUCGCCCUCACUCUGCUGGGCGUCCUCAUGUACCAUCACUCCGAGGGGAUCGCCGCUUGCUGGCGCUCGCGGGCGGGCCCAGCCAAAAAAGAAUAGGUCCCUGUGGUUUGAAUGAUUUUGUAAUUCCGGGCAAGAAUUACAGUAAACGGUUUUUAGGAAAUACUUUUGCCUGCCCGGCGCAGGUGAGUGUGAGACAAAUUCUGAUUUUUCACAAAAAGACAAGAUGCCAGAAAGUUUUAGCUUUAUGGGUUUUUUUUUUUUUUAAGUUAUGGAGAUUUCCAAGUUUGUCUUCUAAAAUCUGGUCUUUGGAAAGAGAAGAAGUUAUUUUUCAUUCAGAGUUGUGUUCGUCAACCUUGGCAACUUGAAGACGGGCGGAUUUCAACUCCCACAAUUCUCCCACAGUCUUGGCUGGUUCAGGAAUUCUGGGAGUUGAAGUCCGCUCAUCUUCAAGUUACCAAGGUUAAGAAACACUGCUUCAUUAGACGCCCUACAGAUUUAGUGCAUCUUUCGCAAGGUUUGUUUAUGGUUUAUAAUAUUUAUUUUUAUACCGCCGUAUUUCCCAGGGAUUCCUGGGGAUUUAACUGUAAUUCAAAAACACAUCAGAAGGACACAACUUCGGAUCUGAACAAGGUGCCAGGAUUAUUCUUAGCAGUGGUGAAAUCUGAACCGGUUUGCUAAUGGUUUGCGGGUCGCGCAUGGACGCCGCGCGCCGAACACAUGCUGAGCACGAGCAUGUGCAGUACGGGCCAAAAGGAGGCUUGGGAAGGGAAAUCCUGCUUUCUAGCAAAGCUAAACCCUGCGGCACAGCUGAUCGUCGGAAAUACCGGUUCGGAGGAAUCGGUAGCUUUUUUUAAGUACUUUUUAGUUUUUAACUACUGGUAGUUUUUAUCACUACCGGUUUGCCGCACACCAGAGCAAACCAGUAGCAUUUCACCCCUGAUUCUAAGCUAUUACGUUGGGAGAAGUCAGGCAGGAGGAGGGGGCUGCAAUUUUGAAGCCGAUGGCCACUGUUAGGGUGUGUGUAAAUAGUAUUUGUUGCUUGUGCAACGAGCAGAGCAGAAACACACAGGGAAGGAGAUAAACGUGCAGCUCGUGUGAGAAAAAUACUUUAUAUACAAGAUAAUAAGCAGUCUCGGUGUAGGUAAAACAGUCCAAGGUCAUAAACAGUAAUAUCAAUCCAGUAAGUAUCUUCCCUUACCAAAGCAAACAGACUUUAGUAACUCUUGGUAUACAGUACCAUAUAACAAUUCAGUCUAACACCAAUCAGCAGAAAGACGCAGGAAGCAACAGGAACAAUCAGGAAGAAAGAAUGCUUCUCUGCGCUGCUUAUUUAUGCACUGUAGCCUAAUUACAGGGUUCAGCAAACCCUGAUUAUGUGGCUCAGUUGUUUCUUAAAGAAACAGAUAUAUUGCCUGACCAACAAGUUAGGAGUAAGCUACAAGCUGAACCUAACAGCCACUUUGGCUUUGAAGGGAGUUGAUGUGACAAUCAGGCUGGCGAAAGUAAGGCCAGGGGCCCCACCCCUUUUGGAAAGAAAAACCUGGCCUGGCCUGUUAGAGUAAAGGAACAUGUGCACAGAAUUCCUCCGGUCCAAAUUAUAUCUGGGUAUUCUUAAUUUCGAUAGCACCCGUAGUCUGCUUGCACAGAAGAGAUUCUUUGAGGGGUGGGAUUCGGGUCCGUAGUUUAAAUAAGGUCACCUUAUUUCAUCAUCAUCUUCUUUUAACGACUCCAUAAUCCCUUGCAGGGAGGAGUCUGGGCAGCUGAAUGGAGCUGAGUGUUUACUGCCCGGAUGCUCUUCCUGUUGCCAGUAUGGAGUUUUGUUCAGCAGAUAAAUUCUCAUUGUGCCCAGAGAGAGAGAAAUAUCUGCCUCAACCUAGGAUCGAACUCACGGCCUUCCCGAUUGUGAGGCGACAGCUCCACCUCUAGGCCACCGGCACGCCUCUUAAAUAAGGUCCCCUUCGCACAAGUGAUUUCGUGACACACGUCAUCACCUCAACCCUGUGGGUCCUAUCAGGGUGUGUCCGUAACUGUACAUCGUUUCUUUGUAACUCCGCAGAAGACGAUCUCAAAUCAUCUGCUUUUCCCGCCUGGGGGUUGAUCAUACAGGAAGGGUGUGUGUGUGUCAUUGUACGGCCGUCAUAACAAAAAAAAAUGGAAAUGUUGUGGCUGCCUAUCUUUCUGUACCCAGACUGGCUGCAUAGAGGACAUUAAACUACGGUUUGUUUAACUGUGAUCUACUGAAUAAGCCACUGGGGUGAGUUUGCACAGUAUAUGCUAAACCACAAGGUGCUGUUUAUAUAGAUCCUAAACCUGCAUAAACCACAUCUGGGUUUAGCAUCAGCAUUAUCCUACAAUCUGCAUUGUUUGGUGCUAUAGACUAUUAGUUGCUUUGAACAACCAGGCAAAUCAAGCUAUUCCUCCCUGCCUCCUUUAAAGAUUUUUAAUCUUGGCUUGCAAGACAUGCAAUAACCACAGAGAGGCAGCAAGGAGAUAGAAAAAGAAAAAAACCCUCCGCUACUUUGCUGCCAUCUAGUGGUAAUCUAGCAUCUUGCAGGCCAGGAAAAAAAACUCGUCUCCCUUUGUUCCUAAAGCACACACAGGGCAUUUGAUUCCUGAAUUAAAGAUCUCGCCAGCAACAAACCACAUUUUAAAAUUCUAGAUGAAACCGAAACGAAACUACGGGUCGAGACGCUUAUUGAGAAUGGUGAUUUAAUUGAAGCGAGAAUCUGGGAGAUGGGAGGGAAGGAGAAUGCCAGGCCUGACUUGAUGGCUCCUUUUUUUAAGUAAAACUUUGGAUGGUUCGGCCCAACUCAACACAGUUUCUGCCUAGCCUUUUUUUUUUCUUGAGGUGGUUGCAACCAAAAAAAUAAGUUUGAGGGGGGGCAUGAGUCAGAUAUUGUGUCCUUCCUUAGUAACCUUAGUUAAGCUCUAGAAUUUGGCUGGCAGGAGAUGUUUCAAUCCACCUGAGUUGGAUUCGACUCUUCGUUGCAAAUGAGGAAGACUCUUUAAAUCAGAUUUAAACCCAACCUUGAGAAUGUUAAGGCAUGUGGACUUCAACUCCCAGAAUUCCCCAGCCAGCGGGCUGGGGAAUUCUGGGAAUUGAAGUCCACACAUCUUAAAAGUUGAGAAACACUGCAAUGGAUUCUUAGUUUAGAGAAAAAAAUGUUGUCAAAGAAGUCCACAGUUGAUAUUGUGGAUUCCUCCCUCACGCUUUUCUGAAUUAACUGAGACUCGGCUGACCUCUUGAUAGAACUGGGAGACCCCUGAAUAAAGUCUCCCCUAAAAACUUUUUAAAUUAUUUUAAAUUAUUUUAAAAUUAUUAAAAUUAUAGGGACGCGGUGGCUCGGUGGCUAAGACGCUGAGCUUGACGAUCAAAAGGUCGGCAGUUCGGCGGUUCGAAUCCCUAGUGCCACGUAACGGGGUGAGCUCCCGUGACUUGUCUCAGCUUCUGCCAACUUAGCAGUUCGAAAGCAGGUAAAAAAUGCAAGUAGAAAAAUAGGGACCCCCUUUGGUGGGAAGGGAACAGCGUUCCGUGCGCCUUUGGCGUUGAGUCAUGCCGGCGACGUGACCACGGAGACGUCUUUGGACAGCGCUGGCUCUUCGGCUUUGAAAUGGAGAUAAGCACCGCCCUCUAGAGUCGGGAACGACUAGCACAUAUGUGCGAGGGGAACUUUUACCUUUACCUUUUAAAUUUAUGGCUUCUGGCUCAGAGACUUCCGUCAUCCCUGGGGUUUUUCAGAAUCGUAUCUUCCUGUUUAGGGAUCCUUCGCCCCUUCUUUGAUUCCCAGGCUUUGCAACGGAACAGCCAAGGGCAGUGAUUUGUUUUGCGACGGUCACGAAACCACGGUUUAUUAUCUUCUGAGUGGGGUGUGUGUGUCGCAGGUAGGGCUGGACCUCAAGAGCCAGAAGAGUUUAAAUGUUUUGCUAACCAACGGAAGAUGAAACCCUUCCCAGCCUCGUGGGAAGUCAAUAAGCACCCGGCAACCUAUUUAACAUCUCGGCUCGUGUUUGUCUCAAAAUAAAACUCUAUUUUUGUCUUA